GGAGGCAUGUGACCAAACACCUGGCAUCACCAUUGUGCAUGCAAGGCACCCCCAGGCUGGCAUUCUCAGCAAAGAGCUCUGCGGUAGACACAUUUGCGGGCUCCUAGUGCACAACGUUGGGGCUAAGGUCACCUUGUUGCACGGCCAGGGGCUUUUGAAAGCGGGAUGAGUCGCUGGAGAGAGCUACUGCGGAGGCAGGUCAUGCAAAAGGUGGCAGAAGAGAAAGAGGAGGGAAAGAAUCGGAAAAAUCUGUUCGAGGUCAAAAACAAGCUGAACUGGAAAGAGUGGAUAGUUGACCCAUCAGAAGAGUAUUAUUAUGCCUGGCUCCAGAUCAUGGUGUUUCCUGUGCUCUACAAUUGGGUGAUCAUCAUCUUCAGGACUUGUUUCUAUGACACUGACUAUAACUACCUGGCAGUAUGGCUCACCAUUGACUACAUAUCUGACCUCCUCUACAUGGCGGAUAUUAUAAUAAAGUUCCAUACAGGGUAUCUGGAGCAGGGCAUCCUCGUGCGUGACCUAACACGCCUGCGGCAGCAUUACAUGCAUUCCUCGCACUUCCUGUGGGACGUGUUGUCAAUCCUGCCCACUGACCUGCUGUAUUUUCGGCUGGGCAUCCACUGCCCACUGGUGCGGGUCAAUCGCUUUCUGCGUUCGCCCAGGCUGUCAGAGGCCUUUGACCGCAUGGAGACCCGCACAUCCUACCCGAACAUCUUCCGCAUCUCCAAACUCAUGCUUUACAUUUUUAUACUCAUCCACUGGAACUCCUGCCUCUAUUUCGCCCUAUCCGAUUACAUCGGCUUCGGCUCGGACCCCUGGGUGUAUCCGAACAUCUCCGACCCUGAUUUUGCUUCCGAGCGCAGGCAGUACUUCUACAGUUUCUGGUUUUCCACCCUAACCCUCACCACAGUGGGGGACACGCCGGACCCCCAGCGUGAAGAGGAGUACCUGUUCAUGAUCGCUGAUUUGCUCAUUGCUGUGCUGGUGUUCGCCUCGGUAGUGGGCAACGUGGGGAGCGUGAUCGUUAACUUGCGAGACCAAGACAACGUCUUCUUCCCCAACCACGAGCUGGUGAAGAGCUACCUGCGGAGCCGGCGUAUUGACAAAGAGCUGCGCAACCGCGUCAACAAUUGGUAUCAGCAUCUGCACAUCAACAAGAAGAUCACGCGGGAAAACGAGAUCCUGCAACAGCUGCCUGGUCGUCUACGCACAGCGAUCGCUGUCAGCGUACACCUGCCCACUCUCUCCAAGGUCACCAUCUUCCAGAACUGCGAGACCAGCCUGCUAGAGGAAUUGGUUCUGAAGCUUACACCCCAGGUGUACAGCCCUGGGGAGUAUGUCUGCAAGAAGGGGGAUGUAGGCCAUGAGAUGUACAUCAUCAAGGAGGGCAAGCUAGCGGUGGUGGCCGACGAUGGCGUCACACAGUUCGCUGUGCUGAGCGAUGGGAACUUCUUUGGAGAAAUCAGCAUUCUCAACAUCAAAGGAAACAAAUCUGGCAACCGGCGUACGGCAAACAUCCGCAGCAUUGGCCACUCAGACCUUUUCAGCCUGUCCAAGGAGGACCUGACGGAGGUGCUAGCCGAGUUCCCUGCAGCUAAGCGCCUCCUGGAGGAGAAGGGCCGGCAGAUCCUUACCAAGAUGGGCAUGUUGGAGGACACAGCCACAGGUGACGGCAACCUGAAAGAGGAGGAGAAGAUAGAGCAGAAGGUGGAGAACUUGGAGAACAGCUUGGGCAACCUGCAGACCAAAUUGGCACGACUCAUGGCUGAGCUGGAGUCCAGCGCUCGCAAGAUGGAGGCCAGGGUGCAUCAGCUGGAGAAGGAGAUGGAGGAAGAAUGUUCAGGUGCAGAAGCGAGUGAUGAAAGAGAGGGGAAGCAGACGGGUGGCGGAGUUGAGUCUGAGGAAGGGCAGCUGCAGGAAAGAGGGUGUAUAAAAAGAACAUUGAAAAAACACUAGUUGAAGGCAACGUAGAGCACAACGGAGUGUCCACUGAUGAAAGAGAAGGCAGGGCUGUGUCUUCUGGAAUGGAGAAGACAGAAGGGAAAAAUGGAGCGGAUAGUGUGGAGGAGGGACACCAGAGAAACACAUAACAUUCAGAACAACUCUGAUAGGUGUAUAUAUUAUACUCAUCGUUUAUACUGAGAAGACAGUAAUAGAAGACAAUAAUGUUCUUGCUUCCAGUUUAUUCAAAUUAAUUUAAUGUAUACAUAAUAUAUAAUAUAUUAAGUAAACUGAGAGAAGGAAAUCGAGGACAUUAAAAAGCGAACAAGAAGCAGAACUCAGGGAGUUUGUGCACCAGAAGCUGCUGGAAAUUGCAGAAGUUUCAUAAACGGGAAGGAUAUGUAGCAUAAAGGGAUGAGUCUCUUAGUUUAAAGUGAAUAUUUUGAAAGUUGUCAGAUUGUAAAAAGGGUUGUUUUUUGUUUUUUUUUAAGCCUUAUUCCGAAUGGUAAUGACAAAAAAAACCCAAACAGGUGCCUCGUCAUUUUCAUAAUAUUACCACUAGAUGGCAGGAGACAAUUACCUUUCGAAUGACGGUCUGUAAAAUAAUUUUUUUUUUUUGAGAAAGGUUUUGGGCGUAAUCCAGUUCAUUCAUAGAAAUUAUAUAUCUGCAGUCA